AUGAGCAACCUACCUCAGCCUGUGAUUGCCACGGUCAGUAGUCCUGCUCGAGGUAUAGCAAAUGAAUUCCUCGCAGCGUGCGAUAUGCGAUUCACUUCAAUGAACGCUCGUAUCAGCAACUUUGAAGUAACCCUUGGCCUGCAUCCUGGGGCAGGUGGCGUUGCGUGGAUGCCAUUGCAUAUUGGAAGGGCUCGUGCCCUGGAAUUCAUGCUUACAGGGAAUGAUCUUGAUCCAGAAACGGCCGAGAAAUAUGACUAUGUCAACAAGGUGUUCAAUACACCAGAUGAAAUGCACGAUUACGUUGAUAGGCUGGCAGAAAGAAUUGCCCUAUUCCCUUUAGCUGGUAUAUCCAGCAUUAAAAGGUCUGUAACAGAUACGAUUCAGCCAAAGUUGGAACAAAUAGCUCUUGAGGGGGCUGAGUAG